AUGAAAAGGCGGUGGGAUUUGAGCUAUAUAGAGCUGAGGGAUAAACUCGAAAAAUGGGGAAAGAAGUACGGAGUAGAGGAUAAAGUGGCACAGUUUAUAGAGGAGAUGGAGAAAGGCAGACAUGAACACUAUGAGAAAUUCACGAGUUUGAUAGCGAGGCUACCUAUUCUCAGCAAAGAGUUUAUAAGCAUCGUGGAGAAUCGCAAUAAAACUCUAAAUGAGUUAAAGGCUGAAAGAAACACAUUUCUAUCUGAACAUGAGCUGGAUAAAGUGGCACAGUUUAUAGAGGAGAUGGAGAAAAGCAGACAUGAACAUUAUGAGAAAUUCACGAGUUUGAUAGCCAGGCUACCUGUUCUCAGCAAAAAGUUUAUAAGCAUCGUGGAGAAUAGCAAUAAAACUCUAAAUGAGUUAAAGGGUGAAAGAAACACAUUUCUAUCUGAACAUGAGCUGGAGUACAAAAUAAUGUCAUAUGCUUGGAAAUUGGCAAAUAGGCCAAGGAGGCUGCGACGAAGAGUCGGACGAGAUUCGAUACCCUGGGCUGGCAUGAAAGAGUCUUCUGCAGUACUCGCAGAAUUCUUUUAA